AUGAUUGCUAACUUUAUAAUUUUAGUAUAUUUAGCAUCAUGGACAUUAUUUAUUCUUUUGAUGAUAUUAAUAGGGUAUCGAUUGGAUAAAUCAUAUAAAUUAGCAUCAAUAUCUCCUUAACCUAAUAAUAAAAAUCCAGCAGACACAACUUUUGCUAUUCAACCAAUUACAUCUAAAAUAUAAAGUUAAACUAGAACAUAAUAGUUAACAAGAUUUGAAAACAAUGAGUUGGAGGAUUUUUUUAAUAAUCCUGCAGAUAAUUCACCAAAUUAAAAUCAAGAGGAUUAAUUCUAUGGUAAUGGGGAGAGAAAUAUAACAGAAUAAAAUUCUCCAAUUCGUUUAACAGUUGAUUAAAAUUAAGUGUCUUCUCCAAGAAUAAACAGAACACCUCAAAGAUCUAAUACUUUAAGAAAGACAAUUUUGAGAAAACCAACAAUAGGUACAUAUGAAGGAUUAGAAACUGUAUAAACUACAAAUAGAAGAAGUUUAAAGACAAGUGGAAAAUAAUAAUCAUAAAUUUAAAGUGAUAGAAGUAGCGCAGGGGAUUUUACACCAAAAUCGACAAAUUAAAAAUAAUAAUAAUAUAAUUAACCUAAAACUUCUUAAUUUAGUAUUUUUGGAAAGAUUGAAGCAAUAAAAAUUGAUCCAAAUUAUUAAAUACCUAAACCUGAAAAUGAUUUUUAUGUAUAAAUUAAAAUAAAAAUAGAAAUGUCAUUAAUUUAGUAAAAUCUUUUAUUCCCAUAAAGAAGGGAUUUCCAGAAUAUUUAUGA